UCCUCAUAACGGUGUUCCGAACGUUGCGACGAGUUCUGCGGCUGUGCCCGUAUCAAUUUUCGCCUGGUUUUUACGCUCUGCCCAUCCUCGCUCCCUGGCGAUUUGCUCCGCGCUCGAGUUUUCCGUUCCUUCCGGUCGCCGGGGUUAGUGCUCGUCCUCAACCGGAAUCCGCGGAUCAACCCCUCUCGCCUCCCUCCCUCUCGAAUCGGCAAGUGCUCAUUCCGCCGAUAACGCCCCAAACCGAAUAGUUGUUGCUCUCCCUGUGCUCGAGGAACGCGGAAUUUGAAGUGCCGUUUGUGCGGGUGUUUUGACGCUCGUGUGAAAUCAAGUGCGAACCGACUUUUUCAGUGGUAACCUGAUAGGUUUAUUUGGAUUUUACGCCGAAGCUUUGGAUUAACCUUAUUGGAGAUAGUGGAUGGAGAAAUGGAUUAACGAAAGCACCGAAUUAAGGUGGAAGGGUGGACUGAGGAGGCGUAGGCGGGGAGUCUCGAAAUGGUGUAGUUUGACGGAAUGGCCGCGGCGGGCGGAACCCAGCCUCGCCCCGCUGCCGCUGCCUUUGCCGCCCCCGCUGCCUCGCCGCCACCACCACCCCCGCACCACUACCACCGCCACAACCACCCACAGAAUCACCACCAACACCAUCAGCACAACCACCACCACCAGAAUCGCAAUCAACGCAGAUCAACCACGCUUAGUCGCGUCCCCAACUCAAAGAAAUUUGGGAAGGAGAGCCAUGUGAAAGAGGAGCUCGAGGACAGGAUGGCCCCGACGAUAAUGCAGUCGGACAACUACCUAUCAGCGAUGCCGCCUCUCUCGGCACUGUCGCCUCUCUCGGGGACCGACUACUGCGGAGGCGGCGGCGGCGUGGGCGGAGGGAGCGCUCUCUUCAAGUCCAUGAAGUACGCGGAGACGUGGCUCAACUUGACCGUGGCCGAGCGGGGGACGCCCGGGCACCGGCCGCGGCCCAAACUCCUCAUCAACGACCGGCCCCCGCCCCCCUUCUUCCUGCCCGCCAACCUCUGCACCUGCCCGGACUCGGGCCGCAACACCAGGAGCAAGAAAGCCACGUGCUCCAAGUGCAAGGGCCAGCGCAUCAAGUUCCAGCCGGAGCCCGCCAAAAAGACCCGCUCCGCCGACCAGUUCUACUCCGUCCGGAUCCCCAAGCAAGCCCCCAGCCGGAACCCCAUCUUCCGCUACGACGUCGACUUCUUCGAGGACCCCUACUCGGUCAUGCGCCGGUGUCGCUUGCAGUCCCCGCCCAACGAGAAGCCCCUCGAAAAGUCGAAGAAGUCCAGAGCCAAGAGCAGUAGUCCCCCAAGCCGCCGGAAACGGAAGGAAGAGGAGACGCUCAUCAAAGGGAACCGGUGCCCGUCUCCGGACGAGAUUUCCAACCGCUUCGAGGACUACGUCAAACAGAAGGAGAAGGAGAACCAGAUCCUCAAUGGAGGUGGCCGGAGGUCGAUCUUAGAUUGUAGUGUCAAUGCCUACGAGCUCAUAAGACUGAAAAACGACAAAGGCAACGAUUCGAGUCGAAAUAGACCCGCUUCCAAAUUCAAUACCCUCACUUCGACUUUGAACAAAAACAAACUCAUCAAUAGUAUCCUCAACCGCAAACCUUCGAGCGACGAAGCGAAGAAAUCUAGUCCUUUAGGCGUUAAAAUUGCCGGCCAAAGAAUCAACGUCUUCGACGAGAGUAAGCCGCGGAUCGACCCCGUCCACGAUCGGAUCGACGAGUUCGUCUACGAGUCGGACCACACUACCGAUUCGUACGAGACGGUUUGUUUCAACGGGUAUCAAGGCCCCGUUAAGAAUGGGUACCAUUCGAGCCAAGAGAGGCUGUCGCCCGUGAGGAACGGGUACUCGACCAAUCAGGAGAUCCCCGUUAAAAAUGGGUACUCGAGUAGUCAAGAGGCAAUCUCAUCCUCCAGGAACGAAUAUCACGACCAAGGGUUGGAAUCGUUCGGUCAUAGGAAUAGUCGGAAGGUUUCCCCCGUUAGAGGAAGACAUCGGGACAGUCAGGACGCACCCAUGAAGAGUGAGUACCAAAAUAGUCAUGAACUUGAAAGGGAGCGGUACCCGAGUAAGGAUAGGCUGUCUCCCGUACGUCCUCCAAGGAGGACCAAAGGUCAGGGUGACGAAAACGAGAGCCCGACGACGGAAACGGUUCCUCCGCCUCCUCCCGCACUCCCUGAAGUCCAGCAGGAGACCCUGAUCGUCCCGAAGAACCGUGUCAAUUUCGAUCUGAAGCAUGAUAGUUUCAGCAAUAAGAACAACACUCUAACAUCGUCUACUUCCUUAGAAAUCAAAUCCAUACUGAAGAAACCGCCCAAUUUCAAUAAUCUCUUCAAUUUCAAUAGCAUUCUCGCCGAAGAUUCAACCCACUCUCACGAGAGGGAACAAGAACAAGAGAGGCACGAGAAUCCGCCGCAGUCGGCCUACCAGUCGACGGUGAUCGUUCUAGAUGGCUCUGCCGCUCAGGUCGAUGCCAAGUCUACGAAUCUGAACAAGAAGAAGAAGCAAGUGCAGUUCAGGGAGAACAAGGUCGAGGUCAUACCCAGGAGUCCGGAAAAGCCGGACGAUAAGACGAAGUUCAACGCGGCGAUCGAACAGCCCACGAGUUCGAGGCCCGACGAAUCUGUGACAAGACAGCGAACGGAAAGUGAUCGGACGCCCGAUGAUGAUCUUAAGGGUCACUUUUCUGCACCCGCUGCUCGAUCCACCGUCGAAGUCGAUUCGACCACCCGAAGCACGGAUGGAAUCAACAUUUCUCCAACGGAUGUGCCAGUACCGUGCGGGAGCGAGACCACCUUCUGGACAACGCCCGGACUCAAGCGGCUCCAGCGGAGCCUGAGCGAGCGGAUCGCCACGGCGUCGACCUCCGGCGCGGAUAACGGAAACGCCUUCAACGACACGAUGCGACUCAACCUCCGGAUGGGCCGCCGAGGGGACAGCCGCGUCAUGUUCGCCAUCGACGAGAACGGCGUCACCCAGGGCAGCGCGCGCGUCAUCAGCCCCAGUCGCUGCCGCCCCAAGGAACCACCCCNCCCCCCCGCCCCCGGCUCAGCGCGCCCUCUCGCCCCCCAAACCGCCCCCCAGGCUCAUCUUCCCCUUCGCCAAGCGGCCCGAGCCGCAACCAGAACCCGAACUGAUUACAACUCCCAGAUGAUCUACAUCGAGAACAACUAUAUCGACUUCGUCUGCGGGCAGGGGCCUCCACAAGACUCCCAGUCCAUCAAAUUAGAGAUCAAAUGCAACGAGAAGGAUAAAGUCGGGCAGGAAUCCGAAGAAGAAGUAGAAGACGAGAAGGAGUGCAGCACUGUUUCGAUCGUGCCCAUCGAGGUGAGUCCUAGAAGAGUCUCGACCGUCAUGAUCGGCGGCGAUUCCCAUCCUCCACCCGAGUCGCCAUCAGUGACAGUCAUCGGCCCUGCUGAUAAGGCCGACGAGGUCAACAAGGUGACGAUCAGCGUGGGCCAGUUCAAAGGGAGCGACUCUUUUUACCAAAGCUCGAUCCCUAUCAAUUGCGCGGAUCGAGUUGCAGCUCCCCCUGACGACUGUGAUACAAAGACGAUUGCCAAAACAGAAGCGGAAUCGCCCGCUCCCAUACCGAGCACGCCGCAAGCGGGAACUUCUAGUCGACUCGAGGGCAUAGCUGAAGAACCUCCAGAUGCCGAGAAAGACCCGAGCGAGGCUGAAAAUCUUAUGACCUCCCUCAUAAGAAGGAAUUACGACCCGGUAUUGGCCCUGCGGCAGAAUUUGAUCCCGCACAUCUGCGGGAAGCCAAGCGAGCCCGCUCCUAGUUUAGACAAAUACCCUGAGGAAUCCAGUUGGGAGUCUUCAGCAAACAGUGUAAGCAGCGGGAAAGGCUCUAGUGCACCACCCACGCCGACACCAUCCACGGUGUCGCUCUGUAGCGACAGGCCGGAGAUCUUCUACUCCUCCAAGAACAUCAUCUCGGACUCGAACCAUUACGAGUCGGUGUCGGACCCGAUCUACGAGGAGAUCUCGGACAUUCCGCCUCCGCUGCCGCUCUCGCCGCCUCCGCCACUGACGACGCUCGAGGCCAUCAUCGACGACACGAUCCCGACGCGCUCCAUCUUCGAGGGCGCCUCCAAGUACGACAUCCUCAGCUACCUGGUGGACGCCAAGCAGAGGUGCAUCGCCACCGCGGAGGAGCCCGAGUACGUCAUCGAGGAGUCGAUCAUGAACCAGACCAUCAUGGAGGAGGAGAACGAGACCGCGACGCCGGCCCACUCCCGGAUCAACUCCCUGGACUUGAGCUGCUCCCGGCACAGUCAGGCCAGCUGCAGCGACUCCAGCGAGGACUCGGGCAACCACGUCUGCUCCUCCAAUAACAGCUCCAUACGGCACACGGAUAAGGUACGAAAAAGUUGCGCGGAGAUCGAGAGGAACGACUCAGGAGUUGGAUCAGAAACAAGCCAGUGCUCUCGGAGUAAGUGGCAGCAUUUAUCUCCAGACACUUUUAGAGAGGACCAACAGCAUAUUUGCGAAGACUGCGAUCAACCAGUUGAAACGCAAGUCUCAGACAGCGGUUUGAUGUUCGCGCCUUUGGUGUGUCGGAAGUGCUCGAAGCGUCGGACGGAGCGUCGGGAGAUCAUCGCGGAGAUCGUGGAGACGGAGGAGAAGUACGGGCGGGACCUGCACAUCAUCCUGGAGGAGUUCUACCGGCCGAUGCUCGUGGCCGGCCUGCUCACCCCGGAGCAGCUCACCUUCAUCUUCCUCAACGUGGAGGAGCUCCUGGAGAACAACGUUAUCCUCGCCGAGAAGCUCCGCGACGCCCUGGAGAUCGCCGUCGAGCAGGGCGACGAGGACCUCCUCACCGUCAACAUCGGGCGCAUCUUCCUCGAGACCACCUCCAUGCUCCACGCCUUCGAGUCCUACUGCACCAAACAGGGAGCUGCAGCUAUGAUGCUGGCAAAUCUAGAAAAAGAGAAGGAACUGUUGAGGAUAUUUCUUCGAGUCUCCCAGAUGGAAAAUAGUGUUUUGCGAAGAAUGAACCUUAACUCAUUUUUAAUGGUACCAGUGCAACGUGUAACAAAGUACCCAUUAUUGUUAGCACGUUUGUACAAAGUUACUCCCCCACAUCAUUCGGGUCGCGAAUUACUGAAGGAGGCCCAGCACAAAAUUGAAUUACAUUUGGAACACAUGAACUCGUUAGCCAAAGAUAUUGGCUCAACGAAGCUCUGGAGAAGGAUAUCUAUCAUCAAUGGUAGACGCUCCAAUAGCGAAACUGACAUGAUCACCAUUAAACUUCGAAAAAUUGCUGUAGAUGUUCUAGACUGGGCCCAUGAAGAUGUACGAUUUGCCAUUGAGGGACGACUGCUUUUUACUCAGCCCACCGACCACAACUGGCGAAAAGGGCGAACAAUAAAACUAACUCCAAUCAAUGCCAUGGUUGUAACUUUAGGAAAGCCGACUGAAAAUUACCAUCCAGAAUCCGAAGAAAUCCUCACAUUCCCACGAAAUCAUGGCAUGAAAGAGGCAACCUUGUUGUUGCUCAAGGAAAAAAGUGGAAGAUUUGCUUUGCUCAGGGAGCCGCUAUUCUUGGAUCGUUGUAUUGUGUGUACUGACAGCGAAUGGGAAGAAUAUUUUGAGGUUCAAGAAUUAGUGACUAAGGACACCUACAUAUUUAAGGCUGAAGAUAGUGAAAAAACAAAAUUAUGGUACAGACAAGUUCAAUAUCACGCUCAAGGAUUAGGGCAAUGGAGAAAAAGGCGGAAUGCCUUGGCGAAUAUUAUGAUCAAUGGAAUGCAGCUACGAUCGUAAUCACAUUGUCCAGUAAUCCAUCGUGUGAACCGGCUUUUUUUACACAUAAAACGACCAACUAUUGAAAAAAGAUGUGGAAUACAUAUUCCAACAUAUGUCAGCUAGUGUCCAGUAUUGAAAUUGACCACUUUAGCUCCCUCUUUCUUUUGAAAAGACAUUUCGAUGUAAUAGUUUAUUUAUUUUUCAAUUUUUCUUUCUCUUCUUAGUCAACAAAA